GUAGGCGUGAAGCCGGGCUGUGAAAGACAGCGGCAGGAGCCAAUAGCAAAUCGGCCCCCUCCCCGCUCAGGCACUCGCGCCACCCCGGUCGCGGCCGUUACUGGUGGCGCGCGCGGGGACUGAAAGUAGAUCAUGGAGGACACCCAGGUUGUUAACUGGGAUGUUGAGGAAGAGGAGGAAGUCGAAGAGAGACCCAGUGAAUCUUUGGGGUGUAGCUUGGAGCCCCUAGGGCAACUGCAUAUCUUCAGUAGUUCCUACGGACCAGAAAAAGAUUUCCCACUAUACCUUGGGAAGAACGUGGUAGGCCGAAUGCCUGAAUGCUCCGUGUCCCUGCCCUUUUCAUCCAUCUCCAAACAACAUGCAGUGAUUGAAAUCUUGGCCUGGGACAAGGCACCGGUCCUUCGGGAUUGUGGGAGCCUCAAUGGUACUCAAAUCCUAAGGCCUCCUAAGGUCCUGGGCCCCGGGGUGAGUCAUCGUUUGAGGGACCGGGAGAUUAUUCUCUUUGCCGACUUGGCCUGCCAGUACCAUCGUUUGGAUGUCCUUCCACCUUAUGUCUCCCGGGGCCCUCUAAUUGUAGAGGAGACACCCAGGGUACAGAGAGGAACUCAACCCCACAGACUUCUGUUGGCUGAGGACUCUGAGGAGGAUGUUGAUUCUCCUGAAAGGCGUGUGGUGAAAGAACCAAGGACCUUCUCUUUGGCAACAGUAGUUCCAGAGAGCGAUGAAGAGGGGCCUUCCCCUGCCCCGGAUGGCCCAGGGCCACCUUUUGCCUUCCAUCUGAACAGUGACACAGAUGACAAAGAAAGUCAACAACCAGGGUCAGGGGAGGCCUCCUCUGCUGCCGGAAGAGGGCCUGCUGCAGAGACAGAACCACUGAAACCUGUCACAACUGAAAUCCAGCUUGAAAAGGAUCAGUGUUCACCGAGGGAGAGGAACCAGGACACAGAGGUCAAGCCAGGUGCAAGGAAUGGGGUGGUUCCAGUCGGGGUGAUUGUGGAGAUGAGCCAGCCUGCUGAGGAGGACAGUGACACAGAUGUGGGCAAUGAGAGCUGGCCUCCAGGACAGCCUGCUGUGGUCCAUUCCGAAAGGGCCCAGCCUUCUGGCUUCAUAGACAGUGAUACUGAUGAGGAAGAAGAGGGGAUCCCUGCCACCCCAGCCGUAGUUCCUGUGAAGAAGAGGCAAAUCUUCCACGAAGUUGGUACAGAGCAUCCCCGGGCACCUGACGAGGCACGUCUGCAGGACAGCCCGGCUGGUAGUGAUACAGAUAUAGAGGAAAGGGAGGCCCGCCUGACGGGUCCUCUGGAGAGAAGCCAAGGCUCCAUGAUGAUCGACAGCGACACAGAUGAUGAGGAAGAAGUCUCAGCGGCGCUGACUCUGGCCCGUCUGAGAGAGAGCCAGGCUGUCAUGUGGAACAGAGGUUCGGGCACAGAAGCAGACAGGGCCCAGCCUGUGGUCCUUUUGAAGCCAAUCCAAGCCUCUGCAGGGAGAGACAGUGACACAGACGUGGAGGAAGAGGGGCUCCCACUGGAAAAGAUAGGAACUGUUCCCAAGGGUCACACAGACAAGACACAUUCAGAAAAGAGCCAACCUUCUCUCAGGGGCAGUGACAUAGAGGCAGAGGAAGAUAAGAGCUCCCCUGGGGUCCAUCUGGAGAGAAGCCAGGCCUCUGCUUCAGUGGGCGUCAACCCACAAGUGGAGGAAGAAGUCCCACCAGGGUCAGCGGUUAUACUUCUGGACAAGCAUCAGGUACCUGUGGCGUGGACACGUCAAACAGAUGUGGAAGCAGAAGGAGGCCCAGCAAAGCUGCCGGUGGUGCAUCUAGAGGAAGCCCAGCCCCUUCCAGCUGGAGGCUGUGAACCAGAUGUGGAGGAAGAUACCUCCUUAGCAGCCUCCGUGGUGGCAGAUGUAAGCAAGAGCCAGCUGCCGGCAGAAAGGGAUGCUGGGACAGAGUGGGCUGCAGCCGUUCUUGAACAGGACAGAGCUCUUACAGCUGGGGCCCAGGAUGGGUCACAAGUGGAGCCAGGCCUUCACUCUGUCUCAAGGGAGAACCUAGCAGAUCUGGUGGUGGACACAGGCACUCCAGGGGAACCCACCCAGUCACAAAGAGAGGGAGCCCAGCCCCCCUCAGAAAGGGAGAGAGAACCACAUGUGGACGGGACCAUGAACUCUGGAGACAACCAUGAUGAUUCUGAAGACCUGGACCUACAAGCUACCCAGUGCUUUGUGGAGAGAGAGAACCCGAGCCUGAAAGCAGUCCCCAGCAUGGAGGAUGAACCCACCCAGGCCUUCCUGUUUACUCUGCCCCAGGAGCCUGGCCCUUCCCGUUGCAGCUUCCAGGCCGCAGGUGCCCUGGAUGAGCCGUGGGAGGUCUUGGCUACACAGCCAUUCUGUCCAAGAGAGUCUGAGGCUUCUGUGACCCAGCCCAUUGCCACCCACCUUGAGGCCCAUAGAUCUUGUCCUUCUCCACCUGGGGCAGCACUGCCAGAGCAACAUCCAGAGAGCCCACUGGGGAUGCAGGGCAGAGGGAUGCAGACUGUGGAGAAAGACAUGGGUACACCAAGAGAAACAGCAGAGAGGGUGACCCCUGAGACAGGGCCAUUGGAGAGGGAAACCAAGGAACUGCCAUCAGAGGGAGAGAGGGAAGAUGCAGUGGGAGAGGAAGAAUUAACCAGGGGGAUACAGGACAGAGAACAAAAACAGGUGUUAUCUAGAGAUGCUCAGAGACAAGAGUCUGACAACAAAGUGAAAAGUGCAAGUACCGAAAGGGACAGGAAGAGUUUGAAGGUAGAAAUUGAGACACACAAGGAAAUACAAGAGAAAGAGGCAGAGCAGCAAACUCUUGCAAGAGAAAUAAAUGAAAGAGAAGCAGAGAAAGAAGGGUCAGAGAGAGAACAUGAGGCAGGUGGGUUAGAAGUAAAGGUACUCAAAGUGAUACUGGAGAGAAACCCACAAAGAUGGGAGGCAGAGAAGGGGGGCCAGGACCAGAAAGGCCAGGCCUCCAGUCUGACACCAGAACCUGGAGUGGGGUUGGGAGACCUUCAGGGACUUGCUUCAGCACCAGUAGCUUCUGGGAGCCAGUCAGGUGGAGGAAGGGGAGCCCCAGUGAGCCCCAGGAGGCAGCAGAGAGGCCAGUUGAACUGCAAGAUGCCACCUGCUGAGAAAGCUUCCAGGGGUGAUCAGGAGUCCCCAGAAGCUUGUUUGCCUCCUGAAGUGCAUGAAGCCUCAGCCUUUCUCCACAGCCCCCUCAUCUCUCAGAGCCAAAAGCCUCCUGCACCUCAGUCUCUCCCUUCUCCCUCUCCUCCUCCUUUAGAACUGCCCAUUCCCAGGACCAGGCAGAAUGAGGGUCAGGAAGCACUAGAGACUCCCCUUUCCUCAGAGCUGGACCCUCCCUACCCAAACCCCAAAAUCAGGCCCCAGGGGUCCUCUCCAGUUUCUUCUCUACCCUGUGAGCCCCAUUCUACCACUCCCACAGACCAGCCUGUCAGGGCUGAGCCCACAUCUAGGGUCACUCGGAGCAGGACACAGAGGUCCUUGGAAAUGACCCCUGUAUCAGUUGUCCCCACAGCCCCUGAACUCCAGCCUUCCACCUCCACAGACCAGUCUGUCACCCUUAAGCCCACACUUCGGGCCACUCGGGGCAGGACACAUAGGUCCUCUGUCAAGACUUCCGAACCAGUUGUCCCCAUAACCCCUGAACUCCAGGCUUCCACCCCCGCAGACCAACCUGUUGCCCCUGAGCUCACAUCUGCGGCCACUCGGGGCAGGGCACACAGGACUUCUGUCAAGACCUCUGACCCAGUUGUCCCCACAGCCGCUGAGCCCCAGCCUUCUACUUCCGCAGACCAGCUUGUCACCCCCAAAUCCACAUCUCGGGCCGGUCGAGGCAGGACACGUUGUUCUUCUGUCAAGACUUCUGAAUCAGUUGUUCCCACAACACCUGAACCUCAGCCUUCCACCCCCACAGACCAGCCUGUCAUCCCUGAGCUCAUAUCUAGGGCUACUCGGGGCAGGACACAUAGGUUCUCUGUCAAAACCCCUGAACCAGUUGUCCCCAUAGCCCUCGAGCCCCAGCCUUCUGCCCCCACAGACCAGCCUGUUACCCCUGAGCUCACAUCUAGGGCUACUCGGGGCAGGAUACACAGGUCUUCUGUCAAAACCCCUGAACCAGUUGUCCCCACAGCUUCUGAGCCCCAGCCUUCCACUUCCACAGACCAGCCUGUCACCCCCAAACCCACUUCUCGAGCCAGUCGAGGCAGGACACACAGGUCUUCUGCCAAGACUCCUGAACCACUUGUCCCCACAGUCCCUGAGCUCCAGCAUUCUGUCCCCACAGACCAGCCUGUUGCCCCUGAGCCCACAUCUGGGGCCACUCAGAGCAGGACAUGUAGGUCUUCUCUCAAGACCCCUGAACCAGUUGUUCCCACAACUUCUGAGCCCCAGCCUUCCACCUCUAAAGACCAGUGUCUCACCCCCGAGCCUCCAUCUCAGGCCACUCGGGGCAGGAUACGUAGGUCCUCUGUCAAGACAUCCCAACCAGUUGAACCCACAGCCCAUGACCUCGAACCUCCCUCCCUCAUAGACCAGCCUGUCACCCCCAAGGUAAUAGCUCAGAGUGGUCAGAGCAGGACACUAAGGUCUUCUACAGUAAGUGCUGUGCCAGUUUCUACCACCCCUGAAUUCCAGUCUCCUGAACCCACAGAACAGCCCGUUCCCCCUAAACCUAUCCCUCAAGCCAAUUGCAGCAGGAGGCCGAGGGCCACCAGGAAGCAUGGGUCUCUCCCAGCUCCCACUGUUCAUGAGCCCUGCACUACACCCCCUGAACCUAACUCCCGGUCCUCGAGGAACCAAAGACGAGGAGCAGGGAGAGCAGCUGAGUCCGUUAGCACCAUUCCUGAGCCUACCUUUGCCCAGCUUCCUGAGGUGCCCCCUCAUGCUCCCCAGAUCCAAAAGGGGGAGGCAGCAGGUAGAUCUGGCUUCACCCCAGAGCCUCAGCCUAAGGCCUCUCAAAACCGCAAGAGGCCUUUAGCUACUUCGGAUUCACCCCCACUUCAAAAACGGCUCCAAAGGGGAGAAGUGCCCCAGAAAACGGCAUUCUUCACAGAAGAAGAAAAUACUGCAACAAGGCCGGGCAAGGAAGAGGAUGUAGUGAUGCCAGGAGCAGUCAAGAGAAAGAGAGGCCAGGCGGAGGAGGAGCCCCCAGGAACACAGAGCCGCAGCCUCCGACAGACCAAAUCUAACCAAGAGCCCACAGCCCCCAAAGUGCUCUUCACAGGAGUGGUGGAUGCUCGUGGACAGCGGGCAGUGCUGGCCCUGGGGGGCAGUCUGGCCAGCUCAGUGGCUGAGGCUUCCCACCUGGUGACUGAUCGGAUCCGUCGGACUGUUAAGUUCCUGUGUGCCUUGGGGCGGGGCAUCCCCAUCCUCUCCCUGGACUGGCUGCACCAGUCCCGCAAGGCAGGUUGCUUCUUGCCCCCGGAUGAGUAUGUGGUGACUGAUCCCGAGCAGGAGAAGAACUUUGGCUUCAGCCUCCGGGAGGCCCUGAGCCGAGCUCGGGAGCGCAGGCUGCUGGAGGGCUAUGAGAUUCACGUGACCCCAGGAGUCCAGCCACCACCCCUGCAGAUGGGCGAGAUCAUCAGCUGCUGUGGAGGCACCUUCCUACCCAGCAUGCCCCGGUCCUAUAAGCCUCAGAGAGUGGUGAUCACAUGCUCCAAGGACUUUCCUCGAUGUUCCAUUCCAUUUCGGGUUGGGCUGCCCAUCCUCUCACCUGAGUUCCUGCUGACAGGAGUACUGAAGCAGGAAGCCAAGCCAGAGGCCUUUGUCCUCUCCACUUUGAAAAUGUCAUCCAUCUGAAACCUCUGCCCCAAGUACCCUUGUCCCUUCCAGACCACCAAAUAAGGUGUUAAAAAUAUUUGGAAGAGAGAACUUAGGGCUUUAGAAAAGAUUGGAGUGUACUGAUCUGAUUUGUCUCCGAACAUGGGUGGGGCUGAAAAAGCUUAUGGAUAAAGAAAGAUAGAGAGAUUAGGAGCCACAGAUUUUCUUAAAUGAGGCCAGUGCCAUGCUCAGAUAUCUUAAGUGGCUGCUCCUGUUUAGCUGUACUGAUGUACUUACUGCUCUAUGACACGCACAGUAUCCUGCCUCCUGUUUGGAAGCCAUUUAUUUCUCUUCUUUUCUUACUGGUAUUCAUACACAUACCCUGCAGAAGAUAGUGGGAAUAAUUUUAGUGUCAGGAACUUAAAGGGAUGCUUGGAAUGAGUAAAUUUCAUGGUGGAGUUAUCAAACACUACUAAAAUAUUUUCCUCUCUCCUUGCCCCAUCUGGUUAGAAGUGCCCUUUAGCUUUGACACUGAGCAAAUCUCUGCACUUUGUCUUUUCUUUUGGCCUGCUUUCCCAGGAUUUAUAAAGUUAGAGCUUGGGCUUAACCUCUGUGAUAAAUAAAUAUUCACUCUGUGCCUUA